UCGGUUCUUCGUCAGCUGCACCGUUUGCACUCUCCGGACACGGGGAUGAAACGGACUGUACGAUCGAGCGUUGGUGGGAGAAAGAGAGGCGGGACGAGACGAGAUUACGAGAAGCGCGGACAGGUGCAGCUUAUGACUCUUGUGAGUGAGAGCCGAGACGCCGAGAGAGCGAGAGAGGACGAGAGAUCUCACGGGGCCCGCACGUUGAUGUCGUUCGGUGCGUCCAGGAGGAGAACGGUGAUUUGAAAAAGCGCUAUAUUUACACGGCGGCUUCGCGGAGCGGAGCAAAAAAAAUUGUAUUCUCACAACAGCGGCCUAUACACCGAUACCGCUUUACGCCGAGCAGGAAUUUGUAACGCGCAAAUUUGUAGCGUAUUCUCUCUCGUACAAGUCCUCGACAAUAGCACGCGCGGGCGCGUGUGUGUGUGUGGUGUGUGCUCCGGGAAAGAUUUUAGACGUUAGGAGUUAGGAUAAGACGAACGACGUCCCGUACGACGAUAGACACGGUAUAUUAAAUUACUGGAAAAAAUGGCUGUACCGUCAGAGACCGUCAUGAACACGAAUCUCGAUGAUCCCAUAACGAAGGCGGUGGUCGAUAAUAUAAUGGGCAAUCUGCCCACGAAAAAGCCUCUCGUUCGAUGCGAAGACUGUGACCUUUCCUUCACGAGCCAAGCGGUAUUAGAUACCCACUUACAAGGUGCACGUCAUGCUAAACAGGUGAGAUCUAAGAAUAUAAUGGCAACUCUCGAGGAAACAAAGAUCUCAUUUUCCAAGGAUGAAGAGACAAACGGGCUCAAAUGCAAUGUUUGUAACGUGUGCCUGAACUCUAUUCAACAGUUACAGACGCAUCUCAAUGGAACCCGUCAUAAAAAGAAAUUAAUGAGAGGUGAAUGGGAUGGCAAAGAGGUUGUCACCCAAGGUCCCUCGUUGAAAUCGACUGGUAGUGCGCAACAAUCUGUUCCCGUAAAAAGGAGUUUACAUACCUGCGAAAUAUGUAACAAGUUCUUCAACUCUCCGUCUCAAUACACUGUGCAUAUGAAUUCGGAGAAACAUGCUGACAAAGUGAAGAGAUCUAGGGAUCCAAAUAAAGGAUUUCUUCCAUAUCCGUAUCGGAGAAAAGCAAAACGAAAUAUCGCUUCCAGGAAUCAGAUAUCAUCUUUGUCAAACAGCUUUGUAUCGAACCCAUAUUUUACAUAUCAGCCAUAAGUUACAUAAUUUGCACAUUUUACUUUGAGUUAUAUUACGAGAUCGUUUCUAAUAUAUCUUAUUAACUAAUAAAUCAUAAUUAUAUAAAUAUAUAACAAAUGUAAAUAUACAUAUUUGUAAUUUAAA